AUGUCCUCGUCCCCUUCGACGAAGCAGAAAUCGCCGAAGCGGACCACUCCAGGAAGAUCACCUUUGCAGGAAAGAUCUCAGUCUCAAGCAAAUGAGUUAUCGGGGAUUCUGGCCAGAGACGGGAGAGUGGAUCAAGAGAACUUGACCGUCUACAAUUCUACACCUUUUCCUACAAAGGCCGCACACUUUCUUCUCCCCAGCACCCUUCGCAAUCAGCGGAGCGGCGCAAGUCCUCUCACCGACGCAUUUGGUCUGGCCUUUCAGAGUGACCCGGCCACCAGCAAUGAAGGUGAUCGGACUCCUAGGAGUGGUUCGGCACAACCAACCGUCAGGCUCAAGCGAUCGGUCAAGGCUCUGAGGGAUCUAUAUGAGUCGCAAGGAGAAGACAAUUCUCGUCCCUCUACUGCUACUUCUCCGCCACUCCGACCGAGCACCGCAAACUCUUCGAGGUUGAGGAGUGUCAGUUCGAAUGACAGUCUGUCGGGGCCCUACGCAUGGGAAUCGCUUCGUAAAAUAUCUUCCGACGACUUGGCCCUCCUUCCGUCUUUACCGCAGAGCAGCCGUUUUGUCAAACGCCUAUCGUCUCGCUCUUCAUUCACCUCCGUCUCCGAGAAAUUCGCUGCAGCUUCAAGCCCAAAUUAUAGGGUGUUGGGAGCGACCUCGAGUCCCAGACCGUUGGCAUUCAAGGAUAUAACCAGCCCGGCUCUUGAGCCGUUUGACGAGAUCGAGAGUACAGACUCCAUUGAGGGCAGUUCCUCAAGCCCCAACGUCGUUCGACUUGCUCGUACGUCGAGUACGGAGCAGUUCCAGUCCACUGAUUCAUCCUCAAGUCCAAACGUCAUCAAACUGGGAACAUCCUCUCCGACAAUGCGAGUAAGAGCACCGGACUUCGUUUCUCAUUCCCGGUCGUCGUCCACAUCCUCGCGAAAGCGCAAACGGUCGGAUACUUUGGAUAGUCGUUCGUUUGCCGAGCGGGCGGGCGCUAGAAACCCACUGGCUUCGAGCCCUCCCAUCAGUAGAUAUGCAACCUCUGUCACGGUGGCUCAGUCGUCCCCCGCAGAGAGAAAUACACCCAGCUCUUCUGGACCCCAAAGUUUCCACCUGAGAGGCCGAUCCGUUGAUGAAUCCAGCCCCAUCGUGCACGUGCUAGCUCGGAAUCACCCGAACUCGGAUGAUAGUUCCGUUGCUGAAACACACACGAGCCUCCAAGGAAUCCUCAGUUCCAGUCCGCCACGAAUCCAAUACCCCAUAAUCCGUGCCCCUCUCAUUACACAACAGGUCGGCCUAAUCGUCCCUAAACGAAAUUCGAGGUCCAUGUCCACGGACGCCUCAGCACCCAAGUUUUCUUUAAGACUGUCUGCUGUCCCCUCUGAAGGUUCUUGGACUCGAACUCGACGUGGAAGCCGAGCAUCAUUUGAAGAGGACGAUAUCGACGACAUCGACGACCUCUUGACCUCUGAUGAUCUGGCCCCUGCUUCUACUUUCAUCAUCAAUGAGUCCGCCAAUCAGUCGAUGAUUCGGGUGGUCCCCGGAUCCGACCUGCACGACCUGGAUUCCCAUGAAGCUUCUGAUGAGGUCUCGGCCCUGCCCUACGACUAUGAUUAUCGGUCACCUCCCCUGAGACCGGUUCGUAGUGGUGGCUACCUCAACUCGUCCGCAAACUCGUCCUUAUCCCGAAUUAAUGCCAUGAGACCGUCAACGCAGUCACGACAAAACAGCUUUCUUUCGACCUCCCUUCGUCCUUCUUCGUCCAGCAGUGUGGCCAGCAACAUUGUUCCAACCUGGGCCAAACGAUAUUACUCCGGAUUCUACCGGGACUCGUUUAAUUACCUCUAUUCUAACGGUUCCCAUCUUAAUCUGAACAAUAUGCCGAGUCAAAAGGCCAAUCCCAUACGUCCUAAUUCUUCAAAAUCUCAACAAAGCACAGCCCCUGUUCAUCAAGGAAUGACUGAGCGGAUCCAAGCAUUUUUUACCCCAAAGAAACGACCCAGACUGGAGGCACGAAAGUCACAUACACUACCAGGUACAGGUCCGCUAGUAUCAAAUCCGAUUCGCGGUCCAGCAACGGCAGCGAUCGCUUCAAAUCGUGUUCAAUCUUAUCCUGCCGCCCGCCGAUCCUCAAACCACGGUCGUUCGAUAUCUGCUCCUCUGCAUCCUGCCGAUCCACGUGCCCACUGGGCUGGCGUUGUUGAAAUCCAUAGCACCAUUCAUGAGGAUGGUCUUGGUUCCGAGUACACGAUCCGCCAGCAUCACAUUCGCACUGGAUCAAAUGGUGAUCUCAGCCUCAGCUCCUCCCAAUCCGUCAUCCAUCGCCAUGGACGAAGGCAAAGUCGAUGGUCUGGCUCUCCUCAUCUCCAUCACGAUCAUAGGUUGAAUACUGGAUCCUCCGUGUCUUUGGGAUUUGGAUAUCCUUUCAAUGCUAAAGCCAAAUGGAGUGCACCGAGCAUCACCGACACGACCUCCAACAUUUUUGGUAGCCCCGACCUUCGAACAGCUCAGGUGGUCCUUUUCACCACUGGCUUCCUUUUGCCACUAUUGUGGUUCGUUGCUGCCUUCCUGCCAUUGCCGAAACGACCAGAGGGUCUUGGGGAUCUUGAGAAGCGCGCAGCUGCUUCCGCCCAAUACCAAGCACAAUUACUGCAACAGCAGCGCUCUAGUCGUCUUAGUGUGCAACAGCUUCACCAGCAGCAACUCGAUGUUGCAGAAUGGGAGCAAAUGGACAUCGUUGCAAAAUUGCGGCUCGAGAGACAUGCUCAGGGCGUUGAAGAAUUGAAAUUCCAGAAUGCGCGGUGGUGGCGAAAUCUAAACCGCUGUAUGUGUGCUAUUGGCCUGGUGGUGAUUGCCGUUGUCAUCGUACUUGCAGUCCUCGGCGCGAAGGGGGCUUGGUGA